AUGUAUUUCGAUGUUAUAAGGAAUGGUCAAAUUUACUUAUCGACAUUCUUAACUUUUUAUUAUCUUGCAGAAACUAACGAUCCACUUCACGAUAUUGUGAUUCCAAAGAUUGCUGUCAAGAAUUCGGUUGUAACCAUUAAGUGGACCGGUUCAGAUAGUUUACAAAAUAUUAGAAUUUUUACUCAGAAACGUGUUUUUUACGAAAAUCUAGCUUUUAUAAAUACCUUUACACGCACUUUCUAUAAGUGGACGGUAAAUAUCCCUGAAGGAGUCUACUAUCUCACCAUUAAUGACGUCGAGUCCAACUUUUUUGCCGUCACUAGAAACGACACUAAAGUCCAAAACCUCAGAUAUCAAAAUCAUGUCUAUACAUGCAUUCCAUAA